AUGCAGCGCCUUUCCCUCGGGUCCCCGGCCGGGAAGAACUCCCGCCUAAGCGUGGCCGCCGACGAGGAGGCAGAGGCGACGGACGAGAAGGCGGCGAAGGCUAUGGUCAGGGCCCGGGCGCUGAACAGGUCCAUCCACUUGGUCCCCGUCCUCACUCUCCUGUGCUUCCUCGUCCUCUUCCUGCUGUCCCACGACCCCUCCGCGGCACUCACCGAUUCGCCCGUGCUGGCCGCGGCCACCACCGUCACCGUCACUGCACGCCCCUUGGAGGCCGCCGUCGUCGCUGGUGGAGCGGACGCGACGGUCGCGUCCAGUGGCGUGUACCGGCGGCUGAAGGAGGACCCGAGGCAGCAGCAGCAGCAGCAGCCCCACGGGCGGAGGCUGGGGAUGUCGCGGCGGCGGUGA